AUGAUGCCGUUAUAUGAAUUAAUGAUAAGUCAUGGAUUAAUUAAACUUUUUCAAAUAUGGCAAAUAUCACCAAAUAUCUUUACACAAUUUUUUAGUGAAAUAGAUCAAUUGACCAGUUCACCAUCAAUAUCAUCCAUACAAGCUAUUGAACAAGAUGUACUUGAGUUUAAUCCUACUUCAUCAUUAGAAUCACCAAUUCCAUCAGUAGUUCAACAUAGUUCUAUAUUAUCUCCACAGGAUAUUACAUCACCUACUCUCACAACAAUUCAGAUAUCAUCUAAUGUUCAUAUUACCGAACGAACUAUCUAUCAAACAGAAUCUAUCGUUACUCCAACCAUUGAUCAUAAUGCUUAA